ACUUCCGGUUAGCCAGAUAAAUGUUACAGUGUAGCAGAUGUCUGUAGACUAAAGAUCCAAGGUCUAGCAAAUCGAAAAAAAGUUCAAUUUAAAUUAGACUAGAAUCUAGUCAGAACCUAGACUCUAGAUCAUCCAGUCGGUUUUGAAACAUGUAUCUUAGAUACUGUUUCUUUCAAAAACUUCGCGACAGUAUAAAUAUUAAAUUUACCAGUGGCAAUAGGCCUUAUUUUUAUUUUGCAAAUAAUACUAAAUCUAGAUCUAAGUUUGGUUUACAAAGUCAAAGCAGUUUAUUAAGGUCAGUGCCUAAAUGCAACAUCCACAUUACAUCUCUUCUCAAGAAACUGGAGCCAAGCGCAGAGCCUUAUAAAUUUACCUCAAGUGCAGCAAAUAUCAAAACUCUCCCAGAUCCAGUUGACAGAAACAAAUAUCAGUCAAUUAUAGUCUCUAUCAGCCUGGCUGUUUUUAUGAUAUAUUUUCUCUUCUUGAGAGAAGAAAAUGAUUUAGAUAAAAAACUAUCUGUAACUUUGUUUGAACGUGUGCCUCAUUUGGAAGAAACCCACCUACGUCAUGAAAUUAAAAAAAUGAGAGAAAAGGGUGAAGAUACCUCAGAGGCUGAGACAAGACUUAAAGAAGUUAUAAAUAAAAAUGAAAUAAAGUGACUGCAUUUGAAAUUCUUAA